AUGCUUGGUGUUGAGACUAGUCAGUCCAGCGCUGCUGCAGAGCCAUCUGCUACUAUGCCAGACUCUUCUCCUAUUGUCGUCCCUUCUGUCACCGGCAAAGACUCUUCUCCUGAGAAAUCUGCCAUCGAUAGUUUGACUGUGCUUCCUCGUUCCUUCAUUGACAAGGACAUUCAUAUGACUUCUAUGGAAUACAAGACUGCUGAAGUCAAGGGAGUAAAUGAGAUCCUAUCUCAAUCCUAUCCUGGUCCAUCAUCCUGGCUCCUCACUCAUCAAUUUAGGUGGUGGACAUGGCCUGCAUCUUUUCGCGUAUCCCAACUCAUUCAUACUAUCCCAGCUUUCAUUCGGGAGCCGCUGGAGCAAUGGACCGUGAAGUUGAAUGAACUUUACACAUUGCUUGGUGCAUAUAGGAACAGAUCAAUGCCAAGUCCAUGGGCAACUAACCAACAAGAGAAUGUCUAUCGUGAUAUUUGCCUCCUGGUGAACAACCAGAAGGAUGAGUCCAUCAAAACCUACACCAAUGCCCUUUCAUGGCAAAAACUUUCAUUCGUAAAGGUUCCGGGGAACAUAUCUCCAUCUCGCUUACUUUACAGGUCAGAGGACGACUUGCAUCUUAUGGAAAACUGGAACUCCUCCAACUGUAUUGAGGAAAUGCUCUGGCAUUGUAUUAUCGGUGUCGCAUGGGGCUGUUGGACAAGUGACACUGGAUUGACAAACUUCUUGACUGAGGCUGCACCAUUGAUCCGAGAUGACUCUGAGGGAGCGGAUACCUGGUUUUCUGAUGCAUUUGCUGCCCUUGUUCAGUGUAACCAAAUCCUCAGGCCUGGAGUCGAAACUUCGAGGGAGCUCACAAGCUUUUACACUUGGUUCGAUUCCCAAGGUUCACCGCCUCUUGACAUUGCAAGUGGAACAAUGGGGCCACGGACACUUUCUAGGCGCUCUGGCCCCAUCCACCAAACACCUGGCUUGAACAUUAAUGACCUCCCCACCAUUGAGCUCAGUCAAAUUGGUGAAGACGCUAGCCAAAAGCAACUAAAACAAGAUCGCAACCUAGCUCGUUCUGGAACAAUGGUUGAGUCUCCCCCCAUUUUAGUGGGUGAAAGAUACCGUACAUUCUAUCAUUUGCCAUUGCUUAGUAACGAGGUUCAAGAUCGAGCAUUGCUGGAUGGAUGGCAUAAGUGCUGUAUUAAUGCCUCAGUUUCACUUUCUGUAGCACCCACUGUAGAGUCAGUGCUGGUAUAUCGCCUGGAUUUCAAUUUGGCCAUCAACAAUCCUGUUCGCACUCUUGAACGUUUUCAUGACCACAACAUACUAGUGGUUGGUGCAAAGACAUCUCAGAUCACUUGGACGCUGUCAUCACUUUCUAAGAUCAGGAAAUCCUGA